CGCCGCGCUGCGCCGAGUCGCCGGCGAGCGGGCGUCGCCCCUCCCGCGGGCCCGCGCCCUCACCCCGGCCCUCGUUCACUGAAUCUCCCGUCGACGCCGGCAAACUCGACCGACCUCUUUUCGCAAGCUAACGUCGCAGCCGCGUCCGUUUCCCGCCGCGAAACUGCGCUCGAUCUUUACGUGAACCUACCCAGCCUGAACUUACUUCAGUUAAACUGUUUAAAGAUUGAUUUCUGACUUGUAGAGGUUUCAGAGCGUGAUGUAGGCAUUUCCGUAAUGUAUUUCGAGCUAGCCUGGUAUAAGUUGUAAGUUAGCGCGCGAGUGCGAUGCGUGUGAGUGCGCGCGGUUGCGGGCGAGCAUGGCCGGGCGCGCUGCCGGCUGCGUAGGCGCGGGCCGCGAUGGACUGCUGCAACUACGGCGAGUACCGCGGGCCAGCGCACGCGGCGUACGGCGCGGGCGCGGGCGCGGGCUGGGAGGGCUACGGCUACGCGCCGCCGCCCUACGCGCCCUACGCGCACUACUACUCGCCGCACGCGCACGAUCCCUACAUGCGCUACUACCGCUACGACUACCCCGUGCACCACGUGCACCAUAAUGAUCAUGCCAUGCCUAUGGACUACGGCGCGUACGCACUGAAGGAGGCGCGAACGCGACGAGCUUUGGCACGCAGGGAGUUACGCACGCAACCUCCCGCACACCUUUCCUUACCGCACACGCCACCAUUGGAAUGUGGAUUAAAUGGACGUGGGUCGGUGUACUGCGAACCACAGAUGUGGCCAUCUUAUCAGAUGGGAAUGUUAGGAAGUGGAAACUGGGGCGGAGCAAGUGCGAUGAGCGGCUCGUGGGCUUCUCGAAGCAUGUGUUCCCGUGAACCAAUACGAUACGCUUCUGAUUGUCGUCUCAUGAAAAGCUCGAAUCUACAUACCCCGAAUCUUGUCUGUGGUCAGGAUGGUAGAUCCACGCCUUAUCCUACAUAUGAGGAUUCACAUUACAGCGGAGAAAAUGAAGUGAAACAAAGUAACAUCCAAGAGUUUUCUGGACGCACCAGCACUCCAUCGGAAGCGGUUCGACCGGCGCGCGAACAUUUAAUCCAAGAGCAGCGACGCUCUCCUCCUGAAGAAAAACGGCCACCGGUCGUACCUCUCCCAGCCUUCCAGCAAGCUUUUGGCUCUACCGAAAUCGGUAAAUUCGCUGAGGCUUUCAGCCGCGCCGAGGUGAAACAUGAAACCGAGGAUUCUUCGGAUAAUUUCAUAUUCGAAUCGUUCCAAGACUGGGACGGUCCACCCGAACUGCAAUGGACCUCGCAACCCGCAUCCCGGGAAAUCAAAUGUGAAGAUAACUUUUGAGGAUAUCUUCACGCUAGUGCUAAUUUGGGGCGGUUUCGCCUUAUAGGUAAUUAGAUAAUUUUUAGUUCCACCACCACGUUGCCAAAAUGAAGUAGCUCGGUGUCGGAGUUACCCCGGCAUCAUAGAACUAGUAUGUGAUACCAAUUUUUUUAAAGCGUACGAAGUCUAAUGAAAUAGUGGGGUGACUUUGAAUACAUAUAUACAUAAUAAUAUGAUAUAAUAUUAUAUUAUAGAAAAAAAUAGUUAUUCCCUUUAACUAGUUUUAGACAGACCUUAAGAGAUAAGAUGAUUAAUCGUUAGUGUGGGAUGAGGAAAUGUAGGUAGGUAUGGCGAUUAAAUGAAAGAUGAAACAAGAUUCAAUGUGCCUUUACUCGAAGAGCCCGGCCGCAUCGCGCGGCGUCCUCCGCCCCGGCCCUCGCCACGGAUGUCGAUAUCAUAAUUACAAUAGCAAUUUUAGGGACCAACGUUUAGACAAAUAUACACGACCCUGUCGCGUACACGACCUAUGCGCAAUAAGCUCAACGAAACGUUAGGUUCGGUCAGGGAGUUUAACGAAAUUUUUAGGAACCCUAGUUGAAAAAUAUGACUACUGAAUACAGAUAUAAAGAUCUGUCGAAAAAAAAUAAUCGAAAGUAAGUAUUAAUAAUAUUGUGGUCGAUAAAUCAUAAGUGUAUUAAACCACGAGUUUACGGCGGUUAUUGGUUACAAUGUAUAAAGGUGAAAACCAAUUCCUGAUUAUAAUAAAAUUAGUAAUAUUUGCUAUACUUAUUAAUAUAGAGUAAAAUGUUAGAUAAUACAUUGUUCAUCCGACAAAGAAUUUAGAUUUAAUUAUAAUUACUUUAUGAUUAGUCUGAUGUUGUUUAGUUUAACCUGCACAGACAAGCUAGGGUAGGUACUUAUUAAUAGGUAAUAAUAAUAUUUGAAAGUUUUUAAUGGUGUAAAAAAUAUUACGACUCUAUAUAUCUACCUACCGCUUGAGUUGAUUUUCUUUCGAAGUAUCAUAAAGGUAACUAUAGUAAAGACUCCUUAUUUUGAAAAGUUUGCAUGAUUUAAGAUUCGUGUUAUCUUUUUAUCUUCCUUUCAACCUAUUACUUUUUCUAGACUAGUAAAGGGGCUUCAAAGACGCCGCGCGGAAUCAUAAUAAAUAAUAUCUACCUUUGAAAAUUAUUAAUGAAUAAAUAAUGACAAUCGUAUAAGUAUAUUUAGGUAGUUAAAUUUUUAAAAAGAUUACUUAUGAAUAAGACAGCUUUUUGAGAAAAUUGCUAGGGUCCAAUGAAUUCGAGAUAAAAUACCUAUAAUUGUGCAAACAAUGUAACAAUUUCUAACUUCUUGAUGUAUCACUGCAUUUAACAGAUCAGUUUAGAGCUACUUAUGGGGACUCUUGAUUUAUCAAAAUUGGACCUAUCAUUUCUUUCCAAUCGAGCUUUGAUUAAAAUAAUAUUGCCAAAUACUAUGUCCAUUUAAUAUUAUUUAAAUUAUUGUUUUAUCUGUGAUAAAUAAAUGUUUUUAUGUUUUUAAAUACUUAAAAAGGUAAUGUAGUUUCCGAUUUUAUAUUUGACUAGCUAACCUGCCCUGGCUUCGCAUGGGUAUGAAACCCGUAUUGAAUUGUAUUGAGAAACUUUUGGAUUCUUUUUUUACUGAAAUCGAGCCUGUAAAUAAUAAGGAAGAAAUGAAAAUAUAUUUAUUAAUUGUGUGUUUAUUUUUACUACACUGAUUGUGAUUGAUUUGCUGUUACCUGUUCAGGGGUUCCGUCCAUCAUCUCCGAAACUACUAAUUAGACCACCACAGUUAGGGAACUUCUAGCAAAACGCGAGGCUUCGACGUCCCUGGCAGACGUCAAAAUGUUAGUACAUUAGGUAAUUGACGCCGGUAGCCCUAAUGUAGCCCUAUUUUUCUAUGUCGCUAUAGUCUAAUAUUUGACAUAUCGUCGAUUUAGAACCAAACUAAUCCAAAUCAAACCCAGAAUUCCGUCUCUCUAUUUCAUUCUGUUUUUACUCGCAUCAGACCAAUCAGUUCAUAUUUGACGGAGCUAUUCCAGUAAUAGUGACAAAACUUUCAUUCCCUGCCCUGAAAGAACGUUGUUUUUCGCGAUACGUACAACUCGAGAGUCUCUGUCAAAAGUACGUAGGUACCCAUACCAAGUUGCAUUUAAAUCUGAUCAGUAGUUUCAGCGUGAUGUGUGCACCGAUAGGUAAUUAAAGAUUAAAAAAAACUGUUUUGGGCUUAAAGUAUAUCAAAAAUAAUGUUCCCUGCAGUUCUUUUUUUUAAAUAUAGAUAUAUAAUGCACAUAAAUUGUUCAGUUACAGUUUUAUUAUGAGUAGAGUUUUAGGUAUUGUUUCUAUGACUUAUUAUUAGAAUCGUAUGCAUAGAUAUCAGCAGUGUUACUUAUUUUUGUCACAAUGAAACUAGUUACAUAAUUUUUAUUCUUUCCCCCGAACCAUUAAAUGUUCUGAAAACACUUUUUAAAAGACGAGUAAUUUUAACUUCAAACUGCAGGCAAUUCUUCUCUAACAAAAAUAAGUCUAUGUUAGGUACCUACAUAAUAAUAUAUAAUUAAUUAUUCGCAACUCAAAUAAUGAAAAUAGCAGCUGCUGCUACCUAUGCUAGCUUUUUUAACCGACUUCAAAAAAAGGAGGAGGUUCUCAAUUCGUUGGAACCUUUUUUUUUGUUACUACUUUUUCUUCCUUCUUCCGAGAUUAACUUUUUUUAGAAAUAAUAUAAAAUUAAACAUUAACUUCCAUUGGUCUUCGUAUUUAUGAAAGGAAUCUAUGUGUGUUUGUAUCUGAACCUCUUUCGACAAAUCAGCAAAAUUAAUGGAGUGCCUUAUGUAAUUAUUAUGAUAAUAUGAAAUUAGGUGGAAGAAUUUUAUUCUAGUCUAAUUUGAUGGAACACCAUAUUAUAGUUGAUAGCAUAAUGAAACCUCUUUUAAACCGAGAAUUUCAUUAAUGAGUAGAUGUGAUAAUAAACUUAUUUAAAGUUAUUUAACAAUAUACUUGUAAAAGCGUGCGUAAUAUAUUUAAAAUAUUAUAAAACUUAGUCAACGUGUGCGCUAACUUUAAAUACAAUAGAUAUAUACAAAGUAAUUUGUUAUAUAAUGAGUUUAAUUUGUGUGAAUAUUUAUAGAGUUAUGAAAUUAUUCUUCAAUUUGUGUUGUAUCAUUAUUUUUGGAACCUAUUGAUUCAAUGGGUAUAGAAGUGUUAUAUAAUUAUAUUGAUGGCAUCUAGAUAUUUACGUUGCGUAUCUGUUAAUGUUCAAGAGCUUGAGGAAAUUCUGAAGAGAGAGAUCCUUGAUGAAAGCUGUGUACGGUAAUUCUUCUACGUCACCAGAGCAGGUCUACUUUGCCAAACUAAGCACGAACUUUUACCUUUUAUCAAACAGCUACUCAAAGUUUCCUCAGGUGCUCGGACCAAAAGUACUACCUACUCGUAAGUAGUUACCUAGAUUUUAGUCAAGAUUGAAGUUAAGUCAGUUUCAUUACAUAAGUUCUGUCUAUAAACGUAGUAUUCGUCUUUUCAUUUGAUAAACUAUUGUCUCAAUAAAAUAAUAUUAAUUGUCUAUUAAUCUACUUAAUUUAACAGAGAUCAGAUAAAAUAUCAAUGUCUUUUGGUUUUAAUAACAUUUAGUUUAAAAAGUUGAAUAAAUUGAGAUACAAUUAGCAUUGCUAAAAAGUACCUUAGUGAUUUUUUAAUGAGACCGAAUUUAUUGUUCACCAAUCACCACAAUGCAUCGGUUAUACACAAGUGGUAUAUUUAGAGAAGCUACACAGCUUAACUAACUUAAACAUAUUUUGUGUAGCUUUCCUACAUCUGUUGAAUACUUAGUAACCAUUGUGUAAUAAGUAUUUAGGUACUUACUUUAAAAAUUUGUAGGUAGACGUCUUCAACUUCUCACCUAGAGCGUAUAAAGAGCUUUUAUUAAACAAAAAUAUUAUGUUUACCUAGUAACUACCAUAAAACCGUUUUUACUUUAUUUGAUAACUAUAUUGUAUUUUGUUAAGGAUAUUAGCAGAUAAUUUACAUUAUAAAGUACUUUGAUACUUAUCAGUUCUUUUAUGAGUUGUACGAUAUACCUACCUAACUUAGAAGACGAUAAGCAAAUUUCAUAAAAAUGAUUAAUUUUGAACUAAGACUUAAAAUUGUACUGUAGCUGAAACUUAUGUUUACGAAGACUCAAUAAGUUGUAAAGUUGAUAUUAUGCGGUAUCGUCACUGAUGCGUGAAUAGCGCAAAUAUAAGCGAUUAUUAUAUUAAUUGUUUCAUCACAUACGAUUUAAAAAUUCAGUUUUUUAAUUAGCACUUUCCAAAUAAAAAUAUUUACUUGUAUUAUUCGAUAAGUACCUACUGUAUUAAGUUGCGGUUUGUUAUUUUCAAAGGGUGGUCAGUGUUUUUAUAGAAAAUACACGACUCACGAGCUUCAUAUACCACAAGUUCCAAAAUUAUCCUAAAACGGCGUUUAAUUACUUAACAGAGAAAAUAAUGACUACGCAGCAAAAAUUAUCAUCUAUUUUUUGUUUUUAACAUCGACUUUGCGAAAGAGACGCAUUAGUUUAUAGUAAAGUGAGAUAACUUUUUGAAUCCUUCGUUGAUUUUGAUAAGUGAUGAAUCGCCCAGGACGAAAUUUGUUAAGAAUUUGAAAAAAAUUGAAAAAACCUAGUUCGUUUGACUAACCAAUAAACAGAAACUCCUUCCGAUUACGGUAAAAUUGCCUUAUCAACUUAGGGGCCGAAUUUAGAAUAAAUUCCAAUUUUCCAAUUUAUUUAAAAUAUUAUGUUACUGAUUUUAUUCUUUGUCCAUUUCCAAAGGAACAAUUGAAACAAAAAUCUCGUGAUGUAUUUAUUCAUUUCAUCUAUUUUCAAUUGAUAGUCGAGUCCUGCCACGAAUAACUUAUUUCUUGCAGAUUUUAAAUAAAUAUAAUUUAUUAGUCACAUUAUGUACAAUGUAGUCUGUGCCACAUACCUACUAUAAUGUAUGUACAGUAUAUAUUUCCUUAGAUAGAUCUAUUUUUAUUUAUUUAAGUUAGUAAUUUAUAUAAUUUAUACUGUAGAGUUGUACAGUUGUAACAUUCAAUAUUCUAAAUAUUUCACAUUAUAUAGAGCUUCCCGUUUGACUUCUACAAUUUUGUCUACCACCAGAGUAAGUAUCACAAGAUAUUCCAAGUAUCAUAUCCAUUCAGACAUUUAGGAUUAGGAGCGAUACUUUAGUUUUAGUAACUGUUUGUGGUCGUCGUAUGUAUUUGUGACAGUCGAAAUAAGUACCUAUUUAUAUUUAAAAAACGUAAUAGUACAAAACAAAAUUAAACACAUUGGUUGUAUCAUCCUUAAUUUGCUUGAAUAACCUACGGAGAAUCAAAAAAAAAAAUUAUAUUCCAUUAUACUGAAUAUGUGGAAUCAGACGGACGAUGCCUGCGACUUUGUCAGCGUGGAUUUCAGUUUUUUUUUUUAAAUCUCGUGAGAACUCUUGUGAUUAAAGGGGUAACGACCUUCAGUAAUGAAGAAUACGAUGCAGAAUCCGCCUAGGUAUUUGAGAUCUGCCAUCGCUGCGCAUUCUGGUACGAGGUCGCCAUUCCAAAAGGCAUAAAUUGGAUCAAUCUUGGUGGGCCGUUAGUCUUCUAUUACAAACCUUAUUGUUGUUUACAAUUCCAAGAGCACAGCUUUUAGCAAUUUACUGGAUGGAGCGGGAUAAGGGCAUUGGACAUUUUUUCAUAUUCUGACUGAUACAUUUUUCGAGAAACUCAGUUGAGGUCAAUAAGCAUUGCAUUAAAAUCUCCCGGAGUGCCUGCGAACGACGAUCAGCAAAACCAAAGAUGAGUGUACCUACUCGCCGUUAAUGUUGAUACCAAGUUCGUUCCAAUCCAUAAGCUCAAAGACGUCUUUAAAUGAAACGGUAUAUACCUUCGGGGAGUUAGUUACGUUUCCCGGUCGCACUCCCCGCUGCACUUGGAUCUCUUUACCAAAUCUAAGCAUACGGAUGUACCAUCAGGAAAAGGUAAACAGAAAGACAAACCCAUUUUGGCAUUUAAAAUAUUAGGAUGGUGAUUUAUAAUAAUACUAACCAAUUAUUAUUCUUGUUUUCUUGUUACUAAAUACUACGUUGCAUAAAAUUGGCUAAGAUGCUUUUGUUAGUUAUUUUAUUGAAUCGAUACUUUAAAUGUUUUAUGUGUGAUAUGGACCUACAAGUACUUAUGAUUCAAACCGGUAGAUUUAUUGAGGAUAAACUUAGAAAAGAAUGUUUAAUACCCUCUCUAGUUGAUAAUAUUUAAUUAUUGUAAAUAUUUAAUUAUGUUCGAAAUGUUCAUUCAUAUCAAUUAGAGAAACUGUUUAAUAGCAAAUUGUAAGAUUUUAAUUCCACACACGGGCAUAUUUGAUUUACGGACGUCGAUGUACAAUUAAUAAACUCAUUUUACUGAA